UGAAUAUAAAUACAUUUGAAGGAGAAUUUCGAGUUUGACUAUGCUAUUGGAAUCAAAUGGGUGAUGCGUACUUUACGCGAUAGAUGGAGGUCCUAUAAAUAUACGUUAAGAAAUCAAACCUUCUACCCUAGCAAAAGUAAGGAACAAAUACUUGCUAAUCCUCCUCCAAACGUGGAUUCUGUUGAUUGGACUGCUUUUGUGCAUCACUAUAAAGAAGAGAAGAUGAAGACACAAAGUGAACAAAAUGCAAGAAAUCGAAGUAAACUUAAAGUCCCCCAUGCCGGUGGUAGCAAAGCAAUGCAAGGAGAGGUCGUCAAAUGGAGAAAAAAUAUGGAAGGCCUGUGUGCCGAAGUGAGGUUGUUUUGUCAACUUUACUGAAGAAGAAUGGAAAUUAUGUGAAUGAAGAAGGGAAGAUUAUAGCUGAUAAAAUAUCGGAGCAUCUAUCUCAAGAUCAAGAACAUGCUGCCACUUUAGGUGUUCCAUUGAAGAUAUUGGCUCAUCCUAAUGACGCCAUUGGAAAAGUAUAUGGAGCUGAACAUUCUGGUCGUGUGCGUGGUUUAGGUGGUAAUGUUUGCCCCUCGACUGCUUUUGGAAUGCCUAAACAUUCAGUUAGCUAUGCGAAUCUUGGUGGUUCUAGUAAUACAUCUCAUCAACGUGUUGAAGACCUAGAGAAGCAUGUCGAAACCUUGGAAGAGAAGUUGACUGGAUAUGAAGAGACCAAGGAACAACUUGUGGAGACCAAGGAACGGCUUGCGCAAAAUGAGAAUCACUUGGCAACUCUUCAUAGGUUUUUACAAGCUAAAUUUGGUAGUGAGUUGCCUAGUUUCACCUUAGAUUCUUCUUAGCCUUUUGUGGUUAUUUUUGAACCACCAACUAUUUUUUGUAUUUCCCUUACACUAGAAAUUGUGGUAUCUUUUUUGUAUAAUCAAGGCUUGAAACUUAUGUUUUGUUAUAUAUGACAAGUAGAACAUUGAAGCUCUAAUCUUUAUAGCAAUGCUUUGUGUAUUAUGUCCAG